AGAGCCGGGAGGCGGGGCCUAGCGCUGUCAUUCAUCCUCAAGUACGCGCUACUAAAUGUGCUAAUGGCAGAGAAACGGCUUACCGCCGUCAUCAGUGGCUACGCUAACAAGCCUUAGCAUUCAGCCUAGCUGCAGAGUAGCAGAGUGCAACGGGGGAGAGUGAUUGACAGCACUAAGCCCCGCCUCCUGGCUCCGAUUGGCUGUUUCUCGCUGAGGAGAUCAAAGUUUUCAGAUUAUCACAAAAUGAAAAAUGAUUUUUUUUCUAUAGUUACAAACUGCAGCUUUAACGGAUCAGAACCGGCAGCCAGAACUUCCCGACUCCUGGGUUUCUGCAUCAUAUUUAACGAAAACAGAGUCAGAAAUGUUUCAGGUUUCAGUUUGAAUCCCGUCCAGCUGCAGGACAGAGAGAGAGAGAGAGACGGAGAGAUGGAGCGACAGAGACAAUGGAGAGAGAGAGAGAGGAGGAGGAGCGGCAGGAGGAGGCGGUGGUUUUGACGGUGUGCUUGUCGAGGCGGUUACCACGGGGAUCAUUGCCAUGACCGCCACCACGGCAACCGCUAACGAGCUGUGAGGGAGAGGAGGCUGAGGUUGGCGGUCUGGUGCCGGGCGCCCAGGAGCCAGGCAGCAGGAGAGACGAUGAGGAGACGCCGAGUUUGAAACGUCAGCUGAGAGGAAGCGAGAAGAGGAAGAGGAAAGCAGAAGUGACCGGCUCUGAGGAACACGGUUCUGCAGAGUUUCUCCUGCCGGGUUUGGACCUUCAUGCUUCAGUGAGUCCGUCUGGUUCCCCCCGGGUCCGGAGAUUUGUUCGGGUUUCAGAGAGGACUGAUGAGCAGCUGAAGCGCCCCCUUCAGGUGUUUCCUCCCCGGCGGAUCAACUGACCUGUCUGAUCGGAACCGGGCCUCGCUGGCGGCCAUGGCGGCCCGACUACUCCUCCUCUUCCUGUUCGUCUCCAUGGCGACCGGAGACUCUCAGCUCCCGCCCGGACAGCGGAUGAAGCCGCGCAUCCAGAGAGACAGACGCAACAUCCGGCCGAACAUCAUCCUCAUCCUGACGGACGACCAGGACGUGGAGCUCGGAUCCAUGCAGGCCAUGAACAAAACGCGCCGCAUCAUGGAGGAGGGCGGGACCUUCUUCUCCAACGCCUUCGUGACCACGCCCAUGUGCUGCCCGUCGCGUUCGAGCAUGCUCACUGGGAAGUACGUCCACAACCACAACACCUACACCAACAACGAGAACUGCUCCUCGUUGUCGUGGCAACGCCAGCACGAACCGCGGACCUUCGGCGUCUACCUCAACAACACGGGAUACCGAACAGCUUUCUUCGGGAAGUACCUGAACGAGUACAACGGCUCGUACGUCCCGGCCGGGUGGAGGGAGUGGCUGGGCCUGGUGAAGAACAGCCGCUUCUACAACUACACGCUGAGCCGCAACGGCGUCCGGGAGAAACGCGGCGCGCAGUACCCUCAGGACUACCUGACCGACCUGAUCACGGCCGAGUCCAUCCAGUACUUCCGCUCCUCGAAGCGGAUCUACCCGCACCGGCCGGUCCUGAUGGUUCUGAGCCACGCCGCGCCGCACGGACCCGAAGACUCGGCGCCGCAGUACAGCGACGCCUUCGCCAACGCGUCACAACACAUAAACCCCCACAUGGUCCUGAACAUCGACCUGGCUCCCACCAUCCUGGACAUCGCAGGCCUGGACACGCCGCCGGACAUGGACGGGAAGUCCAUCCUGUCCCUGCUGGACACGGACAAACCUGCCAACAGGUUCCAGGUGAGCAGGAAGCCGAAGGUGUGGAGAGACUCGUUCCUGGUGGAGAGAGGCAGCUCCAGGUGGCCGAACAGGUUCCGGUCCAGAAGUCUCAGCCUGGACAGACGGCGAAGCUCCGGCCGUUUCGCCGCCGUGAUCCAGAAGUUUUCACAAAGACCGAAUCCACGGCUGACUGUGGAGAGUCUGCUGACUCUCCUGAGUGAACCCGGUGUGGCGGUUCUGACUGUCGCCGUAACAACCAUGUUUGGGUUUCAGGCUGUUUGCGCCUCCGUCGUCUCCGACUCGGGACCAGAACCGCCUUCCAGCCGGUUUAACCUCCACUUCCUGUGUUUGUGUCCAGAGGUCCGAUCUGGGACGGCUGGAAGGGCUAAGCUUCCUGAUUGGCUGACGCCGGCUCCAGACUCCGCCCACCGCAGCCGUCUGAAGCAGGAGGGCGUGGCCGUUGAGGUGACAUCACAGAUCGAACGCCACGCCCCUGCGUCAGCGGUCAGCCAAUCGCCUUCUGCUGCUUCUGUGACAUCACCGGGAGGAAACGCUGGACGCACCUCUUCAUCGUCUGCUCCUCCCUCCUCUUCCUCCUCUCUGUCGGGAGGCUGAGGCAGGAGGAGCAGGAGCAGGAGGAGAACAGGGAAAGCAUUUUUCCCUGAGUUUUGCCUUCCAGGCCGUGUUGGAGGCGUCGCUGUUACAGUCGCACCUUCCCAGAUAAUUUCCUCCCGUUUCUUGUCUGAUUUUGAACUAAAUUUGAGAAAAUUUCUUGUUUUUAGAACGAUGAGUCAGAAUCCUUCCUCCUCCUCCUCCUCUUCCUCCCACUGGCAUCUCGUCCGUUUAGUUUGUCUGCAAGGCGCUGAAGGACGCCUCGUGUCUGACGUCACCACCUAUGUGGUCAUGUGACUUCCUCCUUUGGCUUCACUGCUGGUUACCAUGGUGACCGACAGCAUUACUAACCAGGUGACGGUUCCCACGGCGCGCCACCGCCGCCGAGAACUUUUCUGAUUGGAGGAGGAGUUUCUGACGUCUCGUGAGCCAAUCAGAGGCAGGACUGUGUUUUUGUGUGUGUUUGAUUUUUAACCGUCCAAUCACCUUCCACCAGAUCUGCUGAUGGAGCAGCAGGUCUGGAGGAAGGAAAAGCUUCCAGGAAAACACGACUGGAUUGACACAGGAAGUCGAGACGACAGCUUCCUGUCUGCAGAGUUUCAUCACUACAGAAGUUUCUGCUCCGUUGGGCGGACAUGACGGUUUCACUCUGGUUUCCUACAUUUCCCACAAUGCCUUUAUGAAUUUGUGGCGUCGCUGUUCAACAUGUUAGCUCGGCUAGCAACCUAAAGCCAUCGUUGGUUGCUAUGGUGAUGCCCUCCUUAAUGAAAUUGUUUUGGUUCUAACUUGUAAAGACUUUAUGAUGAAUAAAUUGAUGUUUUGUGAUCCUGAACCUGCUGCAGGUGGAUCUGCUCAGAAUCUACGGAAACACAUUAAUACCAUGAAAGAGAUAAAUGUCCAACAGGAAGUCGUAUUAUCAUCCAUAUUGUUGUUAUUGUUGUUGCUGCCUGAGCUUCUGUUGGUGACACUUUUACCUCUGAGGGUUUUGAAGAUUUUUACUUUAUUUAAUGUCCUGCAUUAAUAAAGAACCUGAGAGAAGAAUGAAGAGGAAACAGAAGUUUUUUAAUUAGUUUAUUUCAUCCACUCCUUUGUAACUUACUGUUUUACUUUUGUACUUUACAUCGUUCAAUUAACAUCAAAAUAUGAAUAUUUUAAAAUCAGAGUUUUGAAUUAUUAUGAGGUAGAGAAGGAAGUGCAGACUUUAAAACUUGUAUUUAUGACUUCCUGUUGGGUUUUCUUUCUUUAAUGGCAGGAAUGGGCUUCCAUAUAAAUCUCCUCUUUCUGCAUUAAAAAUGUUUUUAUGAUUUUAGAGUAAAACGGAGGAUCUGUGAUUCAGACUCUGGACCUGUGAAGCUUCACGUUGGGUUCAGUCCGUCUGACCCACAGGCUGGUUCUGACCCUGAAGCUGUUGGGUUCGGUCCGUCUGACCCACAGGCUGGUUCUGACCCUGAAGCUGUUGGGUUCGGUCCGUCUGACCCACAGGCUGGUUCUGAUCCAGUCCGUCGCGCUCCGAUCCUCCAACCGCGGUUGUUUGAAUGUAAACGUUUAGACGUGUUUGUAAAGAACGGGCCGGUUCUGACCGGACUGGACACACAGAAGGACAAACUGCAGAGCACUUUGACUGAUGGACGAUUGUUUGAGCCCCACUGGCCUGUGGAAACGCUGAGCGCUGAGUUUAGUCUGUGAAUAAAGUGUUGAACUCCAAA